CUCACUUGUCAUACACUAGCACAGACACCUUUAAAAGAGGAGGGGAGAGGAGCAAUAGGGUUGACUUCGACCUAAAGAGAGACCAGGUUUCUAAGAGCACAAAGGAACAAAGAAAACGUUGGUAUUUCCUACCCACCCCUUCCCCUCCCACCCCAUUUUCAAUCAUUUAUUGGAUUAUGGCCACGUCAAUCUUGACCUAUCAACAAAUCAGCUUAGAGCUGGCUAUGUAAUGACAAAACCGUUUAUAUAGCCUACAUAAGUCCCGCCCCCACCACCUACGACACAAGUAUUUCCCAUCCAGUUCCCGGAUGUUAGCAAAAAGGCUUGGGUUGGCCUCCACCUGGGCUGGCCUCUUCUGCCAUCACGUCCCUGCUACUUCCAUGGGACUACAUCAGGGGCCAGGAGCUUCCUAAUCACAGUCUUUACCAGAGUCCUUGUUGUUGUCAUCUCAUCCUCUGUAGUCGUCUGGUGUCGUCCUGACCGUUGCAGUCUGAGUAGUCAAUCAAGGCCUUGUCGAGGUAUCUACUAGUGUUAUGUCUACCGCAAGGUGUCAAGAUCCAGCCAACGAGAGCCGAGACAACCCAGUAACUCUUGAGGGACAGUGGGUACGGGAAGCCACAGAGAGUGGUGCAGUAGGCCUAAAUGGGUCCUCUGCCACACCUGAAUCUGAAGAAGUAGUGGUCAAUUGUCCUCAGAUAAUCUCUCAAGAGGUGGAGAAUACUGGGCCCGAAGGAAGACCGGAGGAAGAGGGUGAGAGGGGAGCGAGUGUAGAUAUUGAGGAAGAUUCGGAUAUUGAAGCUGUUGCAGAGGAGGUGGAAGAAGAGGAGCAGGAGGGAGAGCAAAGUGUUCUAGCAGAUCAAAAUGCUGUGGUGGAUGCCCAUCAUUUCCCAAUGGCUGGCUUCCGAUUUAUGUUUCUGGAUCUGGUCCACACCAUUCUUAACCGUGUCUAUUACAACAACCACAUCCUGGUUAGAGGCCCCCAAGCACACCAACAGAUGGACCCACCUAACACUUCCGAAUCUGGCCGCUCAAAUGAGCUCCAAGUACCACCCGGGCCUGUCCCAUCAACAGUGAGGGCCGCAGGAUAUGAGCAUCAGGGCUCAGACCUUCCGGAGAUUAUCUCCACAUUUCCAGAGCUGGAGGAGCCUGCUGACUUCGAGGAAACAGCAGAUCGUUUUCUGCAGGAGUCAACAGCUAGGGCAGCAGAGCAAGCAAUAGAAGAGAUGGCAGAAGCAGCAGCAGCAGGGGUGGCAGAAGAGGAGACAGCAAAGGAAAUCAUAGAGCAAGCCAUGGCCUCAGAGGGUGAAAACCAUUGUGCUAGACAGAAUGAAAAUGACAACAUAAUUGAUGAGGAGGAAGAAAAAGGAGAAGCACUUGGUGAAAUGGAUUCAGAUACAACAGAGGACUGCAUCAACAAAUUCAGCUGAGUACUCCAUAAAAUAUGUGGAAGCAAAGGUCCGGGAGGUUAAGAAAAAAUAGGAAGAAAAGGACGAAGAAGAAAGGUUUACUGAAGUUCACCAAAUUUAUGCUUUCAAUUUCCUAGCAGCCCAACAAAAUUUCAACAGGGACUUCAUCCUAAAGUUCAUUAUCCAAUAGCAAAAUCCUCCUUCUAAAUUUAACAUGGCUCAUUCAAGUUCCAAAUGAAACAAUGUUAUGUGGUAAAAUAAAAUAUAGGCAUGACUUGGAGACAACACUGA